AUGUUUCAGAAAGAUUUACAGCAUAUGAUGUAUGGUUUCGGCGACGAUCAAAAUCCACUUCCAGAGACCGUGGCUCUUGUGGAGGAUAUUGUUGUGGAGUAUGUAACAGAUUUGGUCUAUAAAGCUCAAGAUACUGCAUCUAAAAGAGGAAAGCUUUUGACUGAGGAUUUUCUCUUCUUAAUUCGCAAGGAUGUGCCAAAACUUAAUCGAUGCACGGAAUUGUUGUCCAUGAAUGAGGAACUGAAACAAGCAAGAAAAGCUUUCGAGGUAGAUGAAGAGAAACUUGCUACAAUUGACUGA